AUGAAAGCUAGUUUGAAAAAUGUCACAUUUCAACAUGACAAACACAAAAAUCUUUUAAUUGUAAUGAAUUCUGAUUUCUUUUUAACGGCCACGUUCGUCACCAGAAAGCGCCAAGCAACUACGAUCCGAUCCUUUCAUAUCUCAAAGAAGACGCCACCAUCCAUCACCACUCCCAUAUCAACUGUUUCAGAAUCCCCGGUUUCUCCUGGGUGGUUAAAUAACAAGCACAAUCAUGAAUCGGCUCACAAGUUCUGCACGCCUCAUGAUCGUCUCAGAUCUUGA